AUAACAAAAAAAAGGCAUCUUUCCUUCCCGUCUUCGUUCUCACCUAACACUCAUCGAAUUUUCUCCUCUCUCAUUUUCUCUCUCUAGGCUCCUCCGCCCUCCUGCAUUGCUCUGUCUUAGAUUCUCCGCAUUUCUGUUUUAAGGUCAACUUCUAUCAGACAAACAAUGGACGCUUUUUUCAGAGAUCGGGAGUCUUUGCCUUCUGAACAAGAUGUACUUAGAUGUCCAUUUUUGAGAAACAUCAAUGAGCCUACCAACUUUUCGUUCUCCUCAUCAUUGGCUUUUCCAGUGCCUGUUAGAGGAGCGAAAGGUCCGAUUUUUGAAGAUGGCCCCAACUUUGAUAUGGCAUUUAGGCUCUUCCAUGGACAUGAUGGUGUAGUCCCUCUUACGGAAAGAUCAUAUGUGUCUGCCAAGAAAGUUGAGCCUCAACCAACCCCGUCCCAGUUUAAUCCGUUGGCUGCAAGAGCUGCCACAAUCAGUUUAUCAGCUUUUGGACCCGGUGGGCCAUUUAGCUUUGAUUCCUUUUCUAAGAAAUGGAAGAAUCAGAACAGAAAAUCCAAAUCAACCAAGAAAGAGCCUUCACAGGGAGGGGAUCCAAAACACGAGGCAUUGGGUAACGAGUGGCUGCAAACUGGGAAUUGUCCAAUAGCCAAGUCAUAUCAAGCAGUUAGUAAAGUUCUUCCGCUUGUGGCAAAGGUUUUUCAGCCUCCUCCAGGCAUGAAAUUUAGGUGCCCACAAACAAUAGUCGCCGCCCGAGCAGCUCUAGCAAAGACUGCAUUUGCAAAGAACCUACGUCCACAACCGUUGCCGGAAAAAGUACUUGUUAUUGGUUUGUUGGGAAUGGCAGCCAAUGUUCCUCUAGGAAUAUGGAGGGAACAUACUGAAAAAUUCUCACCGUCCUGGUUUGCUGCUGUCCAUGCAGCUGUUCCGUUCAUAGCCAUGCUUAGGAAGUCUGUGUUGAUGCCAAAAUCGGCAAUGGCAUUUACAAUUGCAGCAUCAGUCUUGGGACAGGUGAUCGGCUCUAGAGCCGAACGAUACCGAAUGAAGGCACUAGCCACCAGAAAAUUGGCUCUUACUCAUACCUCCAAUGGUGAACCAAGCCAGUUACAUGUGGUUAAUGCGAAAGUUGGUCAUUGUAGCGGCGUUGCGGAUUGGAAUUCAGACGCACUUCCUGUGGCAAGGCCUUCUUCGUCCACAGAUGUUUUCUGCUGAUUCUUUUGUAUUUUUAUUUUUCAAAAUUGAUAUGCUAUAAUGUUGUAACUUUGCCGGGUGUAAUUUUCUAUUCCGAAUUAUUGAGUGUUUCACUUACAAA